UUUAUCUAAUAGGUAUGAAUCAAUUCAUGGCGACUAAGUAUUCAUCGCUUAUUUCUGUUCGACAGUAAUUUUCGUCUCCAAUUAUACGUAUUUCUCUCCAUUCAUUCACCUGGCCUGCACCAUUCAAAAAUUCACUGUAUAUCAUCCUUCAUUCUAUCCAAUUUUCACUCGAUUCUUUUCCUCAUGUAAAAGAAUCCGUCCUCUAUUCUUUGCCUUUCAAUUUCCCCUAUCUAAACAAUACCCUCAUUUUCUCCAACCCCAAAAUUUCUAUUUUCCCAAAGCUCCCAAAAAUUCAUCUUUUGGUGUACAAAAAGAACCAACCUUGAAUCUCAGGGGCUUUGGGAGGCUUUUUUUUAAAAAAAAAUUAAAUUUAAAUUUGUAACUAAUUUCCCUAUCUAAACAAUACCCUUUUCCCCCAAUCCCAUUUUCUCCAACCCAAAAAUUUAUAUUUUUCCAAAGCCCCCAAAAAACCUCAUUAUUAUAUAAAGAACCAAUCUUGAAUCUCUGGGGCUUUGGGAGGUUCAUUUUUUGGUAUAAUUAUUACCAAUCUUGAAUAUCUGGAGCUUUGGGAGGUUUUAAUAUUUUCCUUUUCUGUUUAUAUUUGUAACUUGUAAGUAAUUUCUGUAAAGAUGGCCUUGUGAAAAGCAUUUUUUCACUUGUUUAGGGUCUUUGUAUUUAUUUUUUUCUAGGUUUUAUUUGUGAAUAUUAUAGGUUUGGGAAAAAUGUCUGCUGGGGUGGUUGCAAUUAGUCCAGUUUGUGUAGAAAGUAUUGUAAUUCCACCUGUACUACAUAGCCAAGAAUCGAUUUUGAUUUACGUAGCUAUGUCGGGUUCUAUGAUGCCAUUAACUGUUUUAGAGUAUGAUUCAAUUGAAUUUGUAAAACUACAGAUUCAAAGUUGUAAAGGGUUUGUAGUGAAAAAUCAAAAAUUGGUUUGUGGGGGCCGCGAAUUGUCGCGAAAAAAUUCACUCAUUAGGGAUUAUGGAGUUUCUGAUGGGAAUGUUGUUCAUUUAGUCCUUAGGCUAUCUGAUCUUCAAGUUAUCAAUGUGACAACUUGUUCAGGCGAAGAGUUUACGUUUAAUGUAGAGAGGAGUCGGGAUGUUGGAUACGUUAAGCGUCAACUUGCUGAAAAAAAGGAUAGUUUACGUGAUGUCGAUGAACAGGAAGUGUUGUGUAAAGGUGAACGUCUUGAAGAUCGAAGAAUCAUACACGAUCUUUGCAAGAAUAAUGAUGCGGUGAUUCAUUUGUUUGUGCGUAAAAAUGCAAAAAUUAGGGCUAGACCGUUGGACAAGAAUUUUGAAUUGUCCAUUGUGGCACCACACCGGAAUGAUGAUGUGGUUAGAGAAAACAGGAGCGGGAACGAAACAGAUCAUAAAGUUUUGGUCCCGAGGGAGCCUCCUGAUAGGGAAAUAUUUUUGGAACCGGUUAUUGUUAACCCAAGGAUUGAAAUUCCUGAGGUACUUAGGGAUUUGAUUGUUUUUACAUUUGAAGGCUUAGAUAGAGGAAAUUAUCCUAUUAGAUCUUCUGAAGGGACAGGAGGAGCGUAUUUUAUGCGUGAUGCAUCAGGGAAUAAGUUUGUUUCUGUGUUUAAGCCGAUUGAUGAGGAGCCUAUGGCUGUGAAUAACCCCCAAGGGCUGCCUCUGUCGGUUAAUGGCGAGGGUUUGAAGAAAGGAACAAGAGUGGGAGAAGGUGGGCUCCGGGAAUGUGCUGCCUAUAUUUUGGAUCAUCCAAAGAGUGGACGCCACUCAUUUGCUGGUGAGACAAGCGGCUUUGCUGGUGUACCUCCAACUGCUUUUGUGAGGUGCCUUCAUAAGGGUUUCAACCAUACUGAUGGUGUUAAAGUUAAGCUGGGAUCAUUGCAGAAAUUCAUGGAGAACAAUGGCAGUUGCGAGGAUUUAGGUCCUAAUGCUUUCCCCGUGGAAGAGGUGCAUAAAAUUGCGGUAUUAGAUAUGAGGCUGGCAAAUGCAGAUAGGCAUGCCGGUAAUAUAUUAAUGAGCAAAGGUGAAAAUGGCCAGAUUGUGCUCAUUCCAAUUGAUCAUGGUUAUUGCUUGCCCGAUAGUUUUGAAGACGUCACAUUUGACUGGCUCUACUGGCCACAAGCUCGUCAACCUUUUAGCUCCGAGACGAUCGAGUACAUUAAAUCACUUGACGCUGAGGAAGACAUAGGCUUACUGGAGUUCUAUGGGUGGGACAUAUCUUUGGAAACUGCUCGCACACUCCACAUCUCCACCAUGCUUUUGAAGAAAGGUGUACAGAGGGGUCUCACGCCAUUUACCAUAGGUAGCAUCAUGUGCAGAGAAAACUUGAAUAAAGAAUCCGUGAUCGAGAAGAUUUUCCAAGAAGCUUUGGACUCUAUGCUCCCCGGCUCAAGUGAAGAUUCAUUCCUUGAAUCCGUCUCCCAUGUAAUGGACCGCCGUCUUGAUGAGAUUGCCUAACGGUGUUUCACUCAAGAUUAGACACUCAAGAGACCAAUCUGAUUAUUGCUUAUCAAAAGCAAAAAAAAAAAAAAAAAAAAAAAAAACACGAAACAAGAGAUAAACCUUAGAUCUUUUUAGCAGUUAACUGGAAAUGAUCUUGCUAGGCUUUUAGCGAGUUCUAUAUCAGUGUCAGCAAAUUGUACAAAUACUGUAAAGUUUGUUAUUCAUAUUUGGGUUAUGUAUAAAGUAAAAGAUGUAAUAUGUUAAGAUAUUGCAAGUUACAACCUGAUAAGGGUGCGAUAGCUGUCCCAUACAUGCUCAAAACAGUUUGCAGAUAACCAAGCUGGCAAUGAUUACCAAUGUCCAGCAACUUCAGC